AUGGAUGACGUCAGUGACACAGAAACGAUAGUUGAGGAGUCUUUGGAUAAUUACGACUCGCCUUCCAUUCUUACGGGGCUUUUCCAGUUGAAUAAAGCCACCAAUCCAGAGAGUCACCCACUCUGUACCGACUCAGCAGAUUGCCAAAGUGAGAUGUCCGUGUCUAUACUCACAUCCAGGGUGCCAGAGAAGAGAAUGCACUCCCCAGUCUUUGAACAUGUUUUAUCCUCAAAGUUUCCAAGAUUUCAUGAUGUGGCUUCAUCAAUUGGUGCCGAGGAGGAAACUCUGUGUGAUGAUCUGCAAAGUUCUAUGGGAGCAUUGCAUCAUGAGCCUUCUUCUACAUCAUCCAGCUUUACUACAUGCCCAUCUCAACAAGACGUCUUACAAAAUUGUGUUCAAUCUCUUAGCCCUGACUUCAUGGACUUGAGUCAUACAGCGCCCACACCCACUUCAUCCAAGAGUGAAAGUAUAUUGCCAAAAGAUAAGCUGGCAGACAGUUCUUCAAAAUGUCAAGCAGUAACCAAGCCCAUUUCUUCAAGGAGUUUAAGAUUUGAGUUAGAUGAAAAUUCAUCCAAAAACCCUCCAGAAUGUCAAGCAAUUUUCAAACACACUUCUUCUGCGAUUAAAAGUCUUGAAUUAGAAGAUGACCCACCCGAAUGUCAACCUUCAAUCACGCCAACAGCUUCCAAGUGUAUAAGUCUAGAGUCAGAAGACAACCCACCCAAUGCUUCACCCACCCAUGCUUCCAAAAGUAGUCUUGAGUUAGAAGAUAACUCACCCGGACCUAUAGACUAUGGAACCUUAGUUACGCCCACCCAUGCUUCCAAGAGUAUAUGUCUUAAGCUGGAAGACAACCCACCCAACCUGUCAGACUUCCAAGCUGACCCUUCAGAAUCUCAAGCAGUAACCACCAAUCAAUCAAGGAGUACAAGACGUGUGCAUAAAGAUACCCAAUCUGAACCGACUCAGCAUCACAUCCCAACAAUGCAAUUGCUUCCAAACACCAAGACACUAGAUGGGACUAUUCUUACAAGGAGGAUGCCAAGUCCUCUGCAAGAAAGUUCCAUACCAAAACCCUCAAGUCCUAUGCCGAAAAUUGCUCAACCAAUAUCCUCAAACCCUUUACCAAAAGGUUCCCAUCCAAAACCCUCAAGUCCCGAGCCCAACAAAAUUGCCAAACCAAAACCCUCUGAUCCUGUACCAAAAGAUUCACAACCAAACCCCUCAAAUCCUGUGCCAAAAAGCUCCCAACCCAAACCCUCAAGUCCUGUGCCAAAAAGUUCUCAACCAAAACCCUCAAGUCCUCUGCCAAAAAGUUUCCAACCAAAACCCUCAGAGGAGCAACACGUCCCUGGAACACAACUGCCUCCAAGGAGCAAGACACCAGUUGAGAUUGCCGAUACAAGGAGCAGUUCAUCUUAUGAUGAGACACUCUCUGUCUGUGUAUCCAAGGAAGAGGAUGAGGCAGUGAUUGAGAUAAAGAAGAUGCAGCUAGAGAUAAGACAACAACUGAUGCACAGUGGCAGAGACAAGAACAUCGAUGUUGGAAACAUCAAAAAGGGUCUUCAAGACAUGCAGGGCAAACUGCGCCAACUUGGGACCAAACAACAAGAGCAGCGGCGUCAACUAAGUGUCAAGAUGAGACAGCAAGCAGCAUCAUGCAGCAGUAGCCAAUCACAGCUCCAGCAGCAGGAGGUAAAAGCACAGCUGCAGAACAUGGCACGACGACAACAGCAGCUUCUCAAACUGCUGCAGUCUCAUAAGGAGCUUGCUGCCACUCUGCAUACCCAGUGUGCAGAGAAUCGUGCCCUUCAGCAGCAGUCGGCAGACCCUAGUCAGGAACAAUGUAACUUACUGCAGGAUACAUCAUCUGUCAACAGAUCGACCCACGAAACCAUCCGCCAGCAAGAAGCAACAGUGUCCAAUUUAACACAAACGACAAAAAUGAAAGACGCGGCAACAUUAAGCUCAGUGGAAGCAGAUACUCCUGUUGUUCUGUCCCAAUGCAUAAUUACAUUAGAAAGUCAAAACACUAAGCUACCAACAAGCAAGGAAGCGAGGUCAUUUAAACCACCCUUCAAAGCGAAGCAGGAUUUAAGAAUGUCAUCAGCACAACAACACACUGCUAACAUCAUGACAGAUAGUCCCUCAAGACCUGGUUCCCAACUAGAGUCACCUGGAGCAGAGAAAACAUCCUCCUCGGCUGGUUCUGAAGCACAAAGUCAUAUCAUCAGCCUCGGGUCAGGCAGCAUCCCUCCUCAAAGCCCACCCUUUUCCCAAUCAUCCGUCAUCAGUAAUGGAAACUUCAUUCCUGACACAGCAGGUAAUGAGGGAAAAAAACUGCUCAAUCCAAGAAGUAAUACAGCACAAGACAAGCCUACCCACAAGCCGACUUGCAUUCAAAUGACCAAUCCCAAUCUGAAUCAGUCAAGCAAUAACACCAGGCGAGGUAAUGAAAUGAAUUAUGGCACCAUCAAUAAAGACAUUUACCAAGAUACAAACCGAGAUCCCAAGAGUUUACGGCCAACAUGGCCAAAUAGCAAAAGCAUACCCAGAUCUGUGGACAACAGCCUCAUCUCCAACAGUACGGCUGGCGGUUCUUUGCAAGCAGUUUCCAAAAGCAAUCCCAGAUCUGUGGACAACAGCCUCAUCUCCAACAGUACGGCUGGCGGUUCUUUGCAAGCAGUUUCCAAAAGCAAUCCCAGAUCUGUGGACAACAGCCUCAUCUCCAACAGUACGGCUGGCGGUUCUUUGCAAGCAGUUUCCAAAAGCAAUCCCAGAUCUGUGGACAACAGCCUCAUCUCCAACAGUACGGCUGGCGGUUCUUUGCAAGCAGUUUCCAAAACACAAAUUGGAACAACUCUAUCUGGAAAUCAAUCCAUGAUAAGAGUCAUAUCAUCUGCAGCAGGGCAAAGCCAAGUCGAUCUACAAGCAGCCCAACCACCAGCUAAAAUCAUCAUCAUAUCAGACGAACAACUAUCUUUAUUACAAAAUAUUAGAGCCCGAGAAUCAACUCAUCAUAAAAACAGUGUUCCAGUAGCUCCAGUCAGAGUGCAAAAUACCGCUCCUAAGACUCCAAUACCCACGCAGGAAGCUCAGAAGGUUGCUUCAAGAAACCCCCAUGGAGCAGCAGAAUUGCCAACUGCAAUUAAUCCAGUGGGUUUCAGCAUGCUCCACACAGCACCUCAUUCAGACAUCGUGUCUGCAUCAUCUAUACAGACCAAGGUCUCAAAGGCAAUGGAACUUACACAAUCCACAGUGACACCAGACAAGUCUAGAGACAGCCCAGCAGUUGAAAGGAACCCACAAGGAGCAGCAAAGACUCUGUCCAGCACCCACAUAGCAUCCUCAAGACUAAGUACUCAGCUGAAGGGGCCUGGUGAGGAUGGGCAAAUCCCAUCCAUGAUGGAGUUACUACGAGCUAAGCUAAUCCAUCCGGGCGUGAAUGUGCUUACCAUAAAGGGCAAGAAGCAAAUUUUAGGCACAGCCUCGCUGAACGCAGAAGGAAUGGUCAGUCCAACCACUACGAUGACAAACUUCUAUAAUGGCUCUCUGCCUCUGAUGGUAUCUCUCAUGAAGCAUAAAUCCCUUAACUGGAUCACCAGUAACCCCAACAUAUGGAAAAGUGUCUUCUACAAGGAGACGCCUCUGAGUAAACUGCACAGUGACUACAAAGAUUUAAUCAGAAGUGAUCCAUCACAAACGGUUUUAAAAAGAACGAAGAUGUCUCCAAACGUGCCAAAUACCCAAGCUGCAAUCACAACAACAACAAGUUCUAACAUUCUACAACCACAAGCUGUCACCAAAAGCUUUGCCGUCACCACAAGCUUUGCCAACAUGUCAGCUCCAUCCAUCCCAAAACAGCUGAAGCCUGCGGAAAGCCCGGACCCUGUGUCCUCAAGUGGUAAUCAACCAGCCUCCUCAUCUGGUCUCAGACUGACAUCAUUGCAUCUUGACCCAACCCCAAGAUGUCAAAACCCAGCAAUACAUCCACCAUUUGGUCGUGAGACAGUCUCGAGACCUCAUGACAAAAACCCAAACAGUCUCGGUCCUAUCUCAAGAGGUGACAACUUGGUCACCUCAAGAAGUCAUGAUCUUGUGUCAUCCUUGAAGAGGGUUCUCUUAAUCUCUGAUGAUGAGCUGAUGCCUUCAUCUUGGGGAACGUCUCCAAACUUCUGGAUAUCAGGAAACGGCAAUGACGCAAUCAUCAAUCCAGAAUGGAUCAGAGAUAUAGACGUUUGGUCGUAAAGUUGCAAAAGAGAGUCGCCAAAUCAAAAACCUUCUUAAUUGCUACUCAAACUAGAAGAAAUCUCCUUUUGGCAAGUUUUGUUGCUUUAGUUCAAAAUUGUAUAUAAAAGAAUUAGAAUCAGGCAAAAAUAUACGUUCAUAAAUUAAAAAAAUGGAAACCGAUACUGUUGUUUCUCUUGACUGUUUAAUUUUUUAUCUUGUUAGAGAUGUUUCAUGACAGUAUAAUACAUACAUUCUACUCAGAAAAUACACUGAUACCGUAUAAACCAAGCUUUUGAACAGAUGUUUGUUUGUUAUUUUCUUCUUCAUACGUUUCAGGCAUGGAAUUUCAUGGAGACUAAAUUAUAGUAGGUCAUGGCAUUUUGAGAUAUGAUGGACCCUGUAAAAGGACACUGUUUGGGUAGGCUACAUUUGUUUGUAGACAUUCAAACCAAACAGUGCACUCCAAACAUGUCCACCGCCAUUAUCUAAAGAAGGUUGUUGCCAUGGUCUUGGCCUUGGUGCCCAUUAGGUUUUUAAGAUUAUACAAUCCGAAGUGCUCUUUACAAAACAAAAAUGGCCUUGACCUCUCUCAAAAAUAAAUUUCCAGGCCUGAUGUUUUCAAAAUUUUACAUUUAUAGUGUUGUGAUUUUGCGCUUUUUCUGAACAGUUUUUGAACAAAGUUUUGUAUAAAAGUUUAAAUGUGUUAAAAUCUGUACAAAACUAGAAGUUUUAGCACAACAAUCGUCAGGCAGUGAGAGUGAUUUCUUUACAUGUAAAUAACAACGAAUCUGUAAUUUGUAAAAACAAUACUUGUGCUGAUUAAUACAAGACAACAGAACAGUUGAAGUAGAAAAUCUGCAAAUAAAUAACCUUGAACUAAUGCUUGUUUAAUAUUGUUUAAUAUUUACAUAAUGUCUUGUUCCUUAAUUAAAACAAUUUCAACAUUGAAUGUUGCACACAAAGAUUAUUUCUUCGUAGCACUGUGUACUGUCUUGACUGUAGUAAAGUAAUAAAUAAGAAAUGUGUAAAAAUGUUAUCGAAACUAAUUUUUUCAUCAUAAUUCUUUAUCAUGGGACCAUUUAAAAUGGUAUAAAUUACAUGGCAUUUUGACUGGUAAAUCCUUGCUGCUUAACACCAAUUUUUUGCUAAUUAGAAUUGUAUGCCUAUUGCAGAAGUGUGAUAAAUCGUUGAUUCCUUUUCGGCUCAAGCACAAGUACCACAUCUGUUGCUAGCAGAACGUUAAU